UAUCGUCGCUAUUUGUUUUGUUUUACUUAGGUCAUCUUUGUAUCUUACCGCCACAAGUUGGACGAAUACACUAUCAUGCGGGGUCGGUAAUGAAUAAAGUCUAAUAUUAACUAGUCUGUUCCAUCUAUUUCAGCUUAAUGUUCAAAUAAAAUGUAUCAAAACGCAUAAUAUUUUAAACCUUAUUGAAAAAAAAUAAUAUCAGUCGUAUUUAAUUGGGUAAUUAUUAAGGUAUUCCCUUCACAAUAGUGGGGUAUCUUCAUCAGAUUUCCGGCGAAACUUUUUCAAAGCUGGAGGGAGUUGGCACCCCGGAAGUUUCCAUCAUCUUGUAGAUUACAGCUGUACAGUGGUCUGUACCUCCAACAACAACCUCCGUGCUGUCAUCUUACUUGUUGAGUUUUACCAUUUUCUGACAACGAACUAGACAAAUGUGUUCUAACGUCUUUGUUUAGACCUGGCCCUGGUCAAGCAAGGAGAACUUCACCCUGCCUCUUCCUUGGUAAACGGAGGGACGCUGCCACACAUGGCUUCCUGAUCGCUGUAUUCUGGUCUGCGUUGCAAGUUACACUGAUGCUUGACGGUUUCAAGAAGUCAACCGCUACAUGAGCAUUUGCUCUCAUUUCAGCACCAUGGAGGACAUCAAAACAGCAACAACAGCCCUGAAGGCAGUUGUGGAGCUGGGAUAUCCACUGGAACUGUCAAGGGUGCUGAACUACUUAGAAAACGUGGACAGUAAGGAUCAACUCAUACAGUUUGACAAUGAAGAAGCUCUGUGCAGUUUCUUGAAGAAGUUUCCAUCAAUGUUCUGGGUUGAUGGGAGCAACGUCUUCCCUGCACAGAUGAAACCAAAAGGGGGGUUGAGGUGCCUAAACAAAACAUGGUUGCCUCAAAGUCAACCGAUAGUCCAGCCAGGGUCAAAUGGCAGUGAUGAGAGAAGGCAACAAGACCACCCCAUUGGUGUAGUUGAGGAACAAGUUUUUGCCAUCGAUUCCAAUGAUUUGAUUCACAUACAGCCUUCUCCUACAAUUGAAGGUAGUGAUGAUGAUGAUAUAUUAAGUCCAUCAGUUUCACAGUCUUCUAGCAUGGAAGAGGACAUUGACAGUGCAGACGCAAGCAAUGGCAGCAUAGAAUUGAAUGGGUCAUUAGCAUCUCAGUCUUCCAGCAGUGAUGAGGAUGCCACAAAUGGGAGGACUGAUAAUGCAGCCAUCCCUGAACCUCACAUCUCAAGCAGUGAAGAAGAUAGUGAUGUUGAAUGUACUCAGGAUGUGGAGGCACUUCUUGAAGAGGGGGCAGCACACAUUGUAAAUGCUUUAGAGAAAAAAGGGAGCAUGCCACUUGGUAGAAUACAUGGCCAUGUAAACCAGUGCAGGGAGGAAGUAAGAAAGGCAGUAGGAGGUGGUCCAGAGAAAGCCAGAGCACUGUUCCUGAAAUUUCCAGCUUAUUUCUUCAUUGAUGGUCAAGAUGAUGUUCAUCUUACAUCCAAACUUAUACAAGAGUGCAUCAAUGCUGUCUCAGCCACUUUGGAAAGGAAAGGACCACUACAAGUUGUAGAACUUGUGAGAUACAUGUGUCACCUUGAUCCAAAAGUUAGCUCAUUCUUUGAGAGUAAUGAUCCAAAAACAUUCUUAGAGCAACAUUCUAAGAUAUUUGUCAUCAAUGACAGCAUGGUGUAUCUUGUCAGUGACAUCAAAGAGGAAGGUGUUCAGCACUUCAAGAGGGUAUUGGAGUCAAAGGGUAGUUUACACAUUAAACACAUCUGUGGGCACAGUAGCCAAUAUAAGUAUCUAGGUCCUAUGCUUAAGGUGAUUGGUGGAAGCCCAUCAUCUGUUCUGGAUUUCUUGAAGAGUUUUCCAGAGGUGUUCGGUACUGAUGAUGAGGGGAUGGUUUGUCUUAUUUCUGCCACUACAGCCCAGUCACAGGGGAACAAGCAUGUAACAGAAAACAGAACUUAUGCAAUGGUAGUAGAGAAAGGCCAGAAGAUACAAACAAAUGCACCUUUCAGAAGUCCCCAAGAGAACAUACUGGGGAUGGGGAAAAGUGCCUCAUCAACAGCAGUAGUACCGAGCCAGAACAAGGAGAAUAUUCAGCUUGAAGGAGUCAGGCAUUUUAAACAAGUCUUGGAGUCAAAAGGAAGCAUGCCUGUUCAGAACAUAUGGGGACAUGUCAACCAGUGUAGGGAUCGAGUCAAAUGGGCUAUUGGUUGUACAGCGGACAAGGUGAAAAAGUUUCUACUCGGGUAUCCGGAAGUCUUUCACAUUGACAAGAAGAUGAUUGUACAUCUUGUAUGUAGCAGAGCAAACAAGCAACAACAACAUCAACAUAAGAUAAACCUUAACCCGCUGCAGAGUGAACAAAAGGCUUUGGCUCACUUUAAGGAAAUGUUGUCCAGGAAAGGGCCAUCAAGCACUCAUGUGCUCAGUAGUUGCUUCAGUUCUUGUGGUGAAGACAUAAGGAUGCAUGUUGGAAACAGUAAAGAAGGAUUGACAAAGUUCUUCAUGAAACAUCCACAGAUAUUCAAAGUGGAUGCCAAUCAGGUUGUGUACCUUAAGGGCACCAGUUUGUCAAAAAGUGGGAACGUAAGCAGACCUCAAAGGUGGGCAAGCUGUGAUACUUUAGCUAUAUCAACCAAAACUAUGUUUCCAAAGCCAAAGCUUCUCAGCAAGUUAGGUGGAAGUACACCAGAUGUCAGGAGCACAAUAUGUGAAGGACGACUUCAUGAAGCCAAAGAGGUUCAGGAAAAACCUAGCCACUUGCAACAGCCACAGGAAGACUGUAAAGACAACCAUGGAACUAGUGAUGAUGACACAUCUACAUGUAGAUCUUUACCUUAUAUUCAUGAACAACAUACUUCUGAUCAGAAGGCUGAUUCUUCCAAACACAUUUCAGACAAAUUCAUAACUGCAGUGAAGGACAUUUUAUCAAAGAAGGGAUGUUUGCAUCUUGUUCAGCUUGUUGAAGAGUUAAGCUCCAUGUUUCCAGAUGAAAGAUUUGAGUUGAGUGGAGUGAGACUUUUUCUGAAGAAAUGUCCAGCUGAAUUUCAUGUGAAUGACCAAGAUAUGGUUGAAGAACUCCCACCUAUGAAUGUCCCUGCAAUGGUUAAAAAGAUGUUGAGUAACAACAGUUGUUAUGCAAUAUUGGAAGAUGGAAGUAGAGUAUUUGUCUACAUUACGUUGUACAGAGAGAGGAUGGGGGUUGACUGCAUCAGGCUACAGGACCAUCUAUCUCCAGGAGAUAUUCUUUUGGUGGACACAGAACAUGGCGAACCAGAGACCAGUAUGAAGUGGACAGCAACCAACAUUACAGCAGUUUUUAAGUCUUCUAAAUGUGUUGAUGCUGACAAAGAUGAAGUGAACCUCCAAACACCCAUGCCUUUCCUGCCUGCAGCAACCAUUGAAAGAUCUCCACCUGAGAUCUGUCAUGUUCUCAUGAAAUUUGUGGCUUCAUUCCUCAGAAUAACGUCACCACUGCAGGUGAAGGAUCUUAGCUCUAGGAUCAAGUACUUGAAUCAUGAUGCAAUUCUCUACCUCCGAGAAAAGGGAGGACUACUGUCCUUCUUGCAAAGCCAACCACAAAUGUUUCAUGUACAGGAUGGGUGUGUUACUUCACUGGCUGGGCAAACAGAGCUCAUUGGGGGCUCCAGUCAAUGUAUGGCAUCUCCGGGAGCAAAAUGUACCAUUGGAAAAGUCAGUGUGAUUGACAAGAAUAUUGCACAGCUUUGUCUUCCUGAUGAUAAGAAAGCUGUGCUUGACCUUACAGAUGCCACAAAAGCCACAUCUUGUCUCGAAGUUGGGGACUGUGUGGUCGCCUAUGUUGUGCCUGCUCCUGACCAAAGUCAGAUCCCCUGGGUGGUGUCCAAAGUCAAACAUGGCAUGGGGAAAGCUGCACCUGCCGAGGUUCAAGCUAGAGCAGCAACAGCCACAUGUGGAAGUCACCUUCUGAAGGAGGUACUGCAACAAUGUGUUCUGGAGGAAGAGGUGGACACGGUACUUGCCUGGCACCGACUGCUGAGUUGGAAGCUUAAAAUGUCAUUUGAAAGUUUUGUAGGAUGUUUUAAUGACCUUCCCAAAGAAGCACAGAAGUACACAUCACAGACAGGAGGCCCAUGUAAAGUCUUGGAACAGUAUCCUACACUUUUCCAUGUUGACAAUGCCAGGGGUACAGUUUGUCUUGUAGAAUGUAGUUCAAAGGGCAGGAUGGUGUUCAGAUCAGAUCAGAUUGCCAAGAAGGAGACAGAACAAGAUGUUGUAACCAUCAGUGCUAAUGGAGAACAACUGUCACCUGCACAACCAACAGUUGAGGGGGAAGUGAAAAUGGCGGGGUAUCCAGCAGAGAAAACAUCAACUGAUCUUGAUAUUUGUAAUGCAGAAAGCAACCAGAAGAACCAUAAUGUACCAACCAUAGAAGCAGGACAUGACACUGGUACUUCAUUGUUGAAACCUAGCCACAGCACAGAAGAGGGUGAAGAUACAGACCUCAGGACAGCUGCACUAGUUACCAAUCAUACACGUAAUGUCUCUCCUGUACCACCUGUCCAGACUCCAGGGCUAGGUGAACAAUGCAUGAAUCAAGAACAGGCAGUUUGUGAUGGUUCAGGUCUCCCAACUGCAACAGUGCAUCCAAUGACUGUUCCAAGUGUCAAUAGCAAUGUAGCCAAUGCUGGCAGUAGUAGUGAUGGUGUGUAUACAGAAACAAGCUCUGUAGUGGAUCACAUCACAACACAUAUUGCUGAAGUUGUAGACAUGCAUUCAACUCAAGCCACGGUAACAGCCACUCAACAUGUUGACCUGACCUCAUCAUCCAGAGGUUUUCAGACAGAGGAUGUUAGGACGGACACACAGGACAGUCAUACCAGCCCGGCUGAGAACACAGAUGCUUUGCCUCCCAGCCCAGUUGACAUUUUUUCAGAUUCAAGCCAAAGUCUACAGGGCACAGAGGGUAUGACAUGGGCUUGGAGUAAACCAGACAUGGAACAGGGAUGGCCUCCCCACCUUGUGACUGAAAGUGGCGCAAAUGUCUGGGAAAAUGCUGGGCAGCAGGACAUGCAGCCACUUGCAGCUGUUUGCCCAGCAGAGUUUGUUGUACCUGGCACCAACCCUCCUGGACAACCUGAUGACUUCACAUCGCUGCUGCCCAUGUUCAAGGACAACCUCAGUCCCAUCCAGGAUAACCUGGUGGAAGUGGAGAUGGACAUUGGCAGGAUUCCAGUGGCCAGAUUCUACAAUCCACAGACCCCAUCUCUCCUGGCUGCUACCAGACUGAGUGACCAGACACUGACCAGAGAUACCUUAGAAACCAUCCUAUUUGGCCUUCCCUUGGAGAGGUCUGCUAUUGGUCAGGGGAGAGUUCUACUUAGGGGUACACUGCACUGGGUCAGUACACUGAAGAACAGUUUGGGUGAAGUAGUUGGGCUGACCCUGAGAAGAGGUCAGGCAGUGCCUGGCUGUCUGGACCUGUUGUGGGACGUGGUGACAUCAGGCACCUCCACACUCAUCAUGGGACGCCCCUGCAGUGGGAAGACCACCCUGCUGAGGGAGUGGGCCCGCGUACUGAGCGAUGUCUGCUACAGGAGGGUCAUUGUGGUGGACACACGGAAUGAGAUUGCUGGUGGAGACGACAUCCCACAUCCAGGUAUAGGAGGUGCCAGGAGGGUUCAGGUGCAUAACAGGUGUGAUCAGGUGUUCCAGCUGCAGACAGCUGCGAGGAACCACUCCCCUGACUGCAUCAUAGUGGAUGAAGUACAGACACAGGAGGAGGUUACUGCGCUCCAGGCCAUCAGACUUACAGGCAUCCAGGUGGUAGCUGGUGUGUGUGCAGGCUGUCUGCCUGACCUUCUACACAACAGUGUGAUGAGAGGACUCCUGGGGCUGUCAGGUCCAGCUGCAUCCACCUCAUCACCACUUGGUGGGACCUUUCCGGAGACUUUGCCUGUGUUUCAGGCUGCUGUGGUCAUCCACAGUAGAGACAUGGUGUCCGUUUACUCUGAUGUGGCUUCUUUUGUGAGGGUGUCAUUAUUAGAAGGAAGGUUUCCUCUGGCACAGCAAAGGAAGAGGGUUGUGACCAAGGACAGGGACACAGAACUACUGUAGUUUUAUUGGUAACAUCGGCUAUGAAGGGCCUUUUUAGAAAAUUGUUUACCGGGUUAACCGGUUACAGCAUAUUGGAAAACCAACAUUGGACCAAAGUAAUUUUAUUUCACGGAUAUAUCUAUAUUAUCUUAGAUAAAGCAGUACAUUGUCAAGACGCCUAUGCAAUGGUCAAAGUUUAUGUCUAUUAUCAGGAUGUGGAUUGCAUGCUGUAUUCAGUAGCAAUGAGAGCAUCUCUCAGUAUAUGCCAGACAUGCUCGAUAAUCUGCUGGUGUGUUAUGCCGAAGGGAGGUUAUACCGGCUAUAUAGAUACAGAUACAGAUAAUCUCUUUUUCUCACAGAGAGAGUUUAGAAGAUCAGCAAUUGAAUGUUGAGCCAAAAUUACAGUACGACCGUAUUUUCUCUAAUUUCUGUACUGUGCAAAAUUCAAAAGGUGCUGCAUGUUGUUGCCAAAGUUGUGGUGCGUACUUUAUGUGAGAUUACUGCACCUCCUGUUACCUCAAUUCUGCUUCUGCUGAAUCUUUCAGAUUCCAUCAUAAGUAGAAAACAUUUGAUAUAUAUAUGUAUAUGUUAUGUUAUAUUGAUUAAGUUAUUAAUGCUACCUGUAAAUGCUGAUAAGACAGUGUAAGAUGUGACUUAUAUCAUUGCCUUAGAAAUUUGGAUAUGAUAUUGCAAUACCAGAAAUGAAAAAUUGUGGUGCUCCUUUCCAGAUUUUUUCUGUAGUCUCUUUUGUACAUCUUGAAUACUGUUACUCCUGUCAUUUUCUAGAGAAAGUUGCUGUAUAUUUCUAUCUUCUAUCUGAUAAAAGAAAUGUGUCUUAAAUGUGUCUAGAUUUGCAUGAAAUUAAACAGCAGGAAAGUUCAUUUAAUGAUAAUUAUGUUAACGCUAGUUCACCUUUAUCCGUUGGGUAACCUAUAUCCGUUGCUUACAAAAACAGGUAUUUAGGGAUAUCAAGUCGACAGACGAUAGUUUCAAACUACAAUAUUUUGAACAUAUUACAACUUGAAACCUCCGUCCGUCCAAUUGAUAUCCCAAAAUACUGUGUUGGUAAACACAACGAAUACAGGUUACCCUGCCGAUAAAGGUAAACUAGCGUUACAUUGUUGAAUGACUAGAAGUGUAUCCCAAGCUGACUUAUUUGUAUGUACUAGUAGUACAUUUGAUUUUGUACUAGUUGGAUUACAUGAGGAGCAACUCAGAUGCUAUGCUUAGUUGUCUUUCCAAGUACAGGAAAUACCUCCUCUAUUCCUCGAAAUGAUUAUGAGCAAGCUGACAACUUUUGCGGAGAAGACAUUACUUUUUGCUCUAAGAUUGUUGAUUUCAUUAUAUUUUUCAGAAUUUUUUUAUUGUAUAAAGUUAUCAGAUAUCAUGAUUUCCAUGUCAUUUAAGGCUGAAAGGUCGAAUUGUAAUGACAAAUAAAUGAGUUCUGAACCGUAA